GAUGCAUAUUACAUAAGUCUAGAAUGGCUAGGGCUCCAAUUUGUCAACAAAAACCCCCAAUUCCAAAACUUAUGAUCAAACCACACUCAAUAACAUAACCAUUGAUUGAUCUCACGACAUGCGUUCUGUAACCACUAACGAUGAUCUGUUACCGAAGCGAAGAUUCUCUUACGGCAUCUGGUGAUUAGAUGAUAUAUUGCUGCUAUUCUUCUAGAAACUGUCAAAGUUUUAAUCUUUUGUAUAUUGAUGGAAGAAGUAUCUCCCAACCGUAAGCAUUUGACAAAUGACGAAGACGGUGAGACUAAUCUACAGGAGAAAGUAGAACACGACAGUGAAAACGGAUUUCCCGAAGGAAAGAAGGAUUUUGUAGCCCCUGCUGUAGGAAUGGAGUUCGAGUCGUAUGACGAUGCAUAUAAUUAUUAUAAUUGUUACGCUCGGGAGUCUGGUUUUCGAGUACGUGUGAAAAAUUCAUGGUUUAAAAGAAACAGCAGAGAGAAAUACGGUGCGGUUUUAUGCUGUAGCAGCCAGGGUUUUAAGCGAAUAAAAGACGUGAACCGUCUACGAAAAGAAACACGAACAGGUUGUCCUGCAAUGGUGCGAAUGCGUUUAGUGGAUUCAAGAAGAUGGAGAAUUCUCGAAGUUACGCUAGACCAUAACCAUUUACUCGGUGUAAAGGUUCAUAAAUCCAUCAAGAAGAUGGUACAGUCGGAUUCUGACGCAGAAGGGCGAACGAUAAAAUUAUAUAAAGCACUCGUGAUCGAUUCAAGGGGUAAUAACGGUAAUUCACAUUCACACGGUCGGGAAAUCGGUUCUUCUUCGUCUGUUCAUGAUCAUCCUGAUCAGUUGAAUUUAAAGAAAGGUGACGCGCAAGCUAUAUAUAAUUACCUCUUUCGUAUGCAAUUGACGAACCCUAAUUUCUUUUACUUGAUGGAUCUUAACGAUGAGGGGCGUUUAAGAAAUAUGAUUUGGUUAGACGCCAGGUGUCGGGCUGCGGUUGGUUACUUUAGCGAUGUGAUUUAUUUCGACACGUCGUAUUUGUCGAACAAGUACGAGAUUCCGCUCGUCACGUUUACAGGGAUGAAUCAUCAUUAUCAAUCCGUAUUAUUGGGUUGCGGUUUGCUUUCAGGUGAAACAUCCGAGUCGUAUUUAUGGGUUUUGAGAUCAUGGUUAGUUAGCACAUCGGGGCGUGUCCCGCAAACGAUAAUUACCGACAGGUGCAAGAUCUUGCAGAGGGUGGUUUCGGAGGUUUUUCCGAAAUCUCACCAUCGGUUUAGUUUAUCUAACAUAAUGAAAAAAGUUCCCGAGAAAUUAGGAGGGUUAAAAAACUACGACGCGAUCAGAAAGGUUAUGGUUAAAGCGGCUUACGAGACGUUAAAACCGUUCGACUUUGAAAACGCGUGGGCUUUCAUGAUCCAACGGUUUGGGCUCGGUGAGCACGAGUGGCUUCGGGCUUUAUACGAUGAUCGGGCCUGGUGGGCCCCGGUGUAUUUAAAAGACGCGUCUUUUGCCGGAAUGGCUCCCGGUGACACGCCGCAACCCGUGUUUUAUAAAUACAUCCACAAACAAACUCCGUUAAAAGAAUUUCUCGACAAAUACGAACUCGCGUUACAGAAAAAACACAAAGAAGAAGCAAACGCCGACGUGGAAUCAAGAAACUCAUCUCCUACAUUAAAAACAAGAUGUUUCUUCGAGUUACAACUGUCGAAAGUUUACACCCACGAAAUCUUCAAGAAAUUUCAACUCGAAGUUGAAGAGAUGUAUUCGUGUUUUAGUACCACGCAGUUACACGUUGACGGGGCGAUUACGAUCUUUUUGGUGAAAGAACGUGUUUUAGCAGGUGAAAACCGGAGGGAGAUUAAGGAUUUCGAAGUUUUGUAUAAUCGAGGGGCAGCUGACGUACGUUGCAUUUGCAGUUGCUUUAAUUUCAACGGUUAUUUAUGCAGGCAUGCGUUAUGCGUGCUAAAUUUUAACGGGGUCGAAGAGAUUCCUUCCAAGUACAUUUUAUCGAGAUGGAAGAAGGAUUAUAAGCGAUUAUAUGUUUCGGAUCAUGACGGGAUUAACAGUAAUGACGGUACAGAUACGGUGGAGUGGUUUAAUCAGUUGUAUAGAAGCGCGUUGCAAGUUGUGGAGGAAGGCGUGAUCUCGUUGGAUCAUUAUAAGGUUGCUUUGCAGGCGUUUGAAGAAAGCUUAAGUAGAGUUCAUAAUAUUGAAGAUAAAACAUGAAUGAUUUGUAUUCUGUUAUUGCCCUUUCCUGUGCAUAUAUGUUUGAUAUAUAAUUUGUUUCCUGGUAUUGCUUUUGAUGUUUAUACAUAUGCCGGUUUUGUGUUC